CUAUUUUCGUGUAGAUAAUUUUCACCGUCAUCGGCGAAAGAGAUGUUCGAAUAAGAUAUAUCAACUCAUACAAACAGGCGCUUAUGGUGAAACAUAUUCAUUAUAUCAAUAUCACUCAUUAUUUGAAAGUUAGAAAGGUCUCACAAUGAUUGAAAAUAACGAAAAGAAAGGCAGUGUAUCUAAUGGAACCAUAUUCCAAUUGUUUGCUGCUUUUAUAGUAAAGGUAUCCAGGUUUACGAUUAGUUAUUGGUUUGGGGAAAAAUACACAAGAAUGAAGCAUCCACCGAUUCCUAAUCGAUAGCCAUUCGUGAUCCUCAAGCUACUUUGUUAGCGGUGACUGAUGGCAUGUCAUAUGGAUGGACUGCUCCUAUGAUGAGCUACUUCACCAGUGAAGAAAGCCAUAUAAAAAUGACCUUAGAAGAAGUAGAAUGGAUGGAAACUUGGUUAAUGAUUGGUACAAUAAUGGCGCUUCCUGUUACAGUAAUCUCGGUAGAAAAAAUAGGAAGAAAAAAGACGCUACUCAUCUCUUGUACUAUUUUGAUAGCCAGCUGGAUAAUGAUCGCAGUAGGUGGAGUAAUUGAAAUUAUAUAUGCAGGAAGGUUCAUGCAAGGAUCUGGAAUAAAUAUGGCCUUUGUUGCUGCUCCCAUGUACGUGGGAGAAAUCGCACAUAAAAAUUUUCGAGGAAUGGUAGCAAGCACGGUUUUCGUGAUGAUGAUGUUUGGUGUAUUAUUGGACUAUAGCUCAAUACCGUUCGUAUCAUAUUACGUACCUCCCAUCAUAGCUGUUUGUUUUCUGUCGACACAGCUGAUAGUAUUUUCGUUUUUGCCUGAAACCCCCUAUUACCUUAUCAAAAUAAAGCAAUAUGACAAAGCAAAGAAAUCUCUCCAGAGCUUCAGAGGUAACUCUAACAUAAAUGAUGAAUUCGAAGAAAUUCUAAGAGAAGCUGAAAUAUACGAAAAAGAAAAUAUGUCUGCUCUAAAAGCAAUAUUUCAAGUGAAAAGUUAUCGAAAAGCUCUUUUAAUUGUGAUUUUCCUAGCAUUUGUGGAACCAUUCUCUUGUCAAGAGAUUAUUUUGAUGAACCUUCAUGAAAUCCUGAAUAGCGCUGGUUCCGUUUAUAUGGAUUCCACUUAUGCGGCUAUCAUCUUUGCUAGUUUGAUGAUGGUGUCUGCUCUCGCAUCUUCGAUAAUGGUAGACAGAUUCGGGAGGAAACUCCUGUUGAUAAUAUCAAUAAUUCUCACAGGACUAUGCCUUUUGACUUUAGGGCUAUAUUUUCAUUUGAAACGUGCUGGUUUCGCCCUGGAUUCCGUUAGUUGGAUACCCGUAGUAGCAGUUAUGGUAUAUGCACUCGUUUUUAAAGUUGGAUUAGGCAUGGUACCUAUUGUGAUUGCCACUGAGAUUUUGACUGUCAAAAUAAGGGCUCUGGGUAUGACGCUUGGAGACGGAAUUUAUGUCACAGCCUCUAUUACGUCGCUCCAAAUAUUCUUCAUUUCAAAGAGCACUUUCGGAAUGCAUGCCUCCUUCUAUACUUUCGCUGUAUGUGUCCUCUUUAUGUUGAUAAUCACAAUUUUUUGGAUUCCAGAAACUAAAGGUAAGAGUAUGGAGGAAAUUCAGCAGAUUUUGAAUGGAACAAAAGUGGAAUCAAUAAAGGAUAAAAGUAGAAUUCGAUAAAUUAAGAUUACAGAUACAUGUUUUUCCAUAUUCUUUGAUUUUCAUGCAUUACAUUUCCUAAUUACAAUUUGAAUUAGAUCGAAGAUAUCGUAAAAAAUAUGAUUGAUUAUUCAAAAGAUAAUUCUAAUCACUUCGAUUGAGUGUAAUGUAUACUCAGUUGAUUCAAUAAAUAUGAAAUUCAGAAUUGUAUAUUCUCCAACAAAAGAACUGGAUCAACAACUAUCAUUUCAAUCACUAUUGUUGAAAACUCCCAUUAUUCAUACUGCUAGGAAAAUAGUGCUAAAUAGGACCAAACCAAACAUGCUUCAAAUUCACUCCACUAGCCUAUGUAAGCCGAGUUUGUAUUUUAUACGAUAGUAAAGUUGUGAAAAAUUA